UGAUUGCAAACAAGAAUAUUAUUUGUUUACUAGUAAUUUUAAAUGUAAAAGUUGAAAGCAAAAUUCUGAUAAAUGUUGCUGAUAUUUCAUGGAAUUCAACCUGUUCUGCUAGCACUACAAGAUCAAAUUAUGCUGGUUAUAAUUACAAUUGUAAAAACGUACUAUAUCCAAAUUGGAUCAACAUGUUUUCAUAUCUCACCGGAUGUGUCGGGCCUUGUAACAAUCCUAAACUUAAUAUAGUAUUUCAGAAGGUCUAUGAUGUUGUUGACUAUUGCGUAUCGCAUACUUUCAUGUCAUCUAACCAAAAAGCUAAAGAAGUGAUUGUUAUUUAUAACAAAGCAAGUAAUACCAAAGUUCAAUAUAAAUUUAAUCUUCAUGCAACAAAGAAAGAUAGAGAAUGCUUUUUAGUAAGAUAUACUUUUGGUACAAAUGUUAAAAGUAUGACUUUUACACCUAUUCAAACAUUAUCAACUGCAAAUAUCGGAUUUUCUUCAAUUAUGAUUUUUGCUUACGAAGAUGGUAUGACAGAAAAAGUGGGAAGUAGCAACUACUAUACAAACAUAGCUAGCAAAAGAAAAGGAGCAACUUGUACAGCUUCUUCAACAUAUUCCUCUAAAUAUCAAUGCAAAAACGCAUUAGAUUAUAUAAACGGAGCUUUUGCUCAAUUCAACGAAUGGGCUGCGAUUUGCACAGGUCAAAAUUGUAUUGGGGAAUACAUUGAAGUUUCAUUCCAAGUAUAUGGCGUUCCUAGUAUUUAUUGCUUAGCAAAUAGAUAUACAGGUCAGCAUAUAUCAAAAUCGAGAGUUAAAUGGAGUUCGGGUGUGGUGGAAAUAGUUGAAUUGAAUGUAAAUAAAUUUCAAAAGUGUUUCAAAUAUUCUAAAAAGUUUAUUGAAACUAAACUAAAUGUUCAAGUAGUUGAAAUAUCUGCAUCUCAAAAUAUUGGUUUGAGCUUAGUUCAGGUGUUUGUUAAAGAUAUAGAAAGUAGACAUCAUGAUAUUCAUACAACAUCUACCAUGCAGUAUACACUUCCACCUUAUAUUCAAAGCAAUUUCAAAGCAAUGACAUUCAGUAUAUAUGGCAGCGAAACUGCUUCAAAUGUUUGUGGAGGACUCGUUUUUAGCUUUUAUCGUAAUAAUAUAGUAUCAUUUAAGAUGGUUUUGUCCAAUGCUAUUCAAAGCUAUUUGGAAACACUAUCACCUCCUAUCUAUUUUAGAGAUACACUACAAGACUAUGUGGUUUGUGGGCAAUGGAAUGAUUUUUGGAUUACUACUCUUGAUGGUACAGUUAAACUUGGCAAAGGAAAAAUAUAUAACAGAAACACUAGCAUCAUAGCUCCAAUUCUAUCUGAUGGCCCAUCUGAAAAAUUUUUAAUAAGGAAUUUUGAAACAUCUGAUCAUCAUCAAUUUCGUGUCAAUGAUUUAGAAGGAAAAGUUGUAAGAAUAACAGAAAAUGGAUUAUGCAAUGCUGAAUACCACACUGAAUAUCUUUAUGAUAAUUUAUAUUCCACCUGUUUUGUUUUAUCAAAGAAAUCAACUGUUAUUGAAAGUUGGAGAUUGGGAAAUGUAACUUUCAAUUCAGAAAAUAUUAAUCCGGAAAUUACUUUAUAUUUUGACAAAGAGGUCAAGAAUCAAUUAAUUGUUAGUUUAUUUUAUAUGAAUCUGAAAGAGACAGAGCCUAAUGGUCCUUGUUUGCUAGAAGAAUCAUUUAUAAGUGAUAACUCUUACCAAAAAUAUAAAUUUUCAUGCAGUGGAAUUAUAGAGACAAUAAGAAAGUUUUAUUACAAGAUAAUCUUGGAAGAUGCACUUUUUGACAAAGUUAAAGUUUGCCAUAUCAGUCAUUAAUGCUAAACUUUUGUAACAUAUUGGCCACCAUUUUGAAUUUAUUGAAUCUGUGUCAUUUAUGAGUUGUAGUGCUUGGAGAGAAUGAAUUGAAUUAGAAAAUUAAAAAGUUAAAACCUCACUCCUACAACUAUCAACUUGAUCUUCGAACAAUCAGCUGGUUUAGAACCAGUCUAGAUCUUAUUCAUUAGGUAUGAACAUAAAAUCUUCAAGAUUGUUCGAAAUUGUUACAUCUUAUAAUACAAUUGACUUUAUCUUCAUCAUUGAUAAAUUUAAUGAUAUCUUCAAUUCCAAUGCACUAUGCCAUCAUAUAAUGAUAAUUGGUAUCUAUUCAUUGAUUUGCUAUUUAUUAAGAUAUCUCUUACCAAAGCAAGACCUUUUGGAAUAAAUUAACCAGAGAGGCACCUUGUUAAAUAGUUCCAAGUCCUGAUUGUUAUCACAGCAAUGUGCUAGUGAAGAUAUUACUCCUUUCGUAAAGUUCUUAAAACUUUACGUUAAACGCUCAUUAAAAAUUUCAAUAUGUUGAAAUAAACUGCUG